CUUCAAAUGCUAUCUGAAUCGUGGCGCUACAGUUUGUAUAUACAGGUCCUGCUUUCUGUGGACACGACGGGCACUGCGUUCGUGUUCAAUGGUGAUCUUCAGAUCACAGAUCCAUUACAUUUGCGACGUACCGGUGGGUACGUACGAAAGCUAGUUACGCCUUUCGCUCUGUUUAUUAGGAAAGGAAAACAGAAGGCUCACACACUUGACGAAGGUGUUCCUUCCUGUCUCCAGCGGUUCCCACAAUACGGACAUCAGCGCCAACGAGAAGAUACAAGUCCAUACGGCACCAAGAGAAAACAAAGGAGCCACUGAGGUUUAAGUUUUAAGGAAAUGGGACUUGGGCAUCUGCCCAUAGGAGAACGAAUCCAAACUCUGCACCUAUAGCUGUGACCGGUUUGCCGUGAGGCCCCGUACCCCCUUCUAAUGAUUUCUCUAUAGCCAGGUCCAGAACUGUGCAGCCAUGUUCAGGAACAGUCUAAAGAUGCUGCUUGGUGGCAAGUCCAACCGCAAGAAUCGAAACAGCAGCAGUGACUCUGUGGAGGGCGAGUGUGUGUUUGAGGGGGAUUACGCUGUCCCUCCCCUCCCGGUGACUGAGGGCAUGCAGCACAUCCGGAUCAUGGAGGGCGUGUCGCGCUCUCUCCCCUCCUCUCCACUGCUCUCACACCAGGCCCUCAACAUGCGUCUACAGCCCAUCAAGAGACUACCAGGAGAUGAGAGUCAGGAUCUGGGUCCUCCUCCGUCUGUUGACGAGGCAGCCAACACUCUGAUGACACGGCUGGGCUUCUUGCUCGGGGACAAAGUGAGCGAAGGGCCUGCUGGAGCACAGUAUAGUAUGGAGGAACAAGAUGAUCCCCAGGAAAUCUCCAUGACCCAAAGGAUAAGCCCUUGCUCUAGCUUAGCUAGCAGCACAGCAUCGCCCCCUCCUGGCAGUCCCUGCUCCACAUUGCCCGCUGGAGCACCGGGUAACAUGGGUACCCGCGACUGCGCUUAUGGAUCCAUCACUAGUCCCACCUCCACACUGGAGAGCCGAGACAGUGGCAUAAUAGCAACGCUCACAAGUUACUCUGAGAAUGCUGAACAUGGUAAACACAGCGAGAGUUCACGGGGCAGUCUGAAGCUGUGGCAGGCACAUAAAUCAAUGGGUACAGACUCUUUUCUGUAUCGCGUUGAUGAAAACAUGGCAGCCUCCACAUACAGCCUCAACAAAAUCCCAGAAAGGAGUCUGGAACAUACUGUCUCUCACUCUGCUCACUCCAUCCCCCUCUACCUCAUGCCCCGCCCUAAUUCUGUGGCUGCCACUAGUUCAGCUCACCUGGAGGAUCUAGCAUAUCUUGAUGAACAGAGACAGGCGCCACUGCGCACAUCUUUGCGCAUGCCACGUCAGAACUCCGGUUCAGGACGCUCUGGACAGGCAGACAUUAGAGUGCGCUUCGCUCCGUAUCGCCCAGCGGACAUCGCCCUAAAGCCACUUCUCUUCGAGGUGCCCAGUCUCACGCCUGACACAGUCUUCACCGGUCGAGAAUGGCUGUUCCAGGAAGUUGACGUGUCUCUUCGCGGCAGUGAGCCCACCGCCAAUCAAGGUGUUGUUAUUGUUGGCAACGUGGGCUUCGGCAAAACAGCCAUCAUCUCUCGCUUGGUGGCUAUGAGCUGCCAUGGUAACCGUAUGAGACAGAUCACGUCCGACAGCCCCCAUGCCUCACCAAAACAUGGGGACACGUUGCCCCUUAGCCAGCCUCAGUCCGUUCAUGGCACUCUGGUUGGGGGAAGCAGCUGCCCUGGCACUCCAGAGAUGAGGAGACGCCAGGAGGAGGCGCUCAGGAAACUGGCCUCACAGGUGGUGGCGUACCAUUACUGUCAGGCAGAUAAUGCGUACACAUGUCUGGUCCCUGAGUUUGUGCAUAACGUGGCAGCAUUGUUGUGUAGGGCUCCUCAGAUGCAGGCCUACCGAGAACUGCUGCUACGCCAGCCGCAUCUGCAGAGCACCCUCAGUCUACGCGCCUGCGUCCAGGACCCUUUUAAUGCAUUCCGCAGGGGCCUGCUGGAACCACUGGAGAUCCUGCAUAGAGAGAGGAAGCUCGCAUUCGAGGAGAAUCUCAUCAUCUUGAUCGAUGGCUUGAAUGAGGCAGAGUUCCAUAAACCGGAUUAUGGGGAAACCAUUGUUUCCUUCCUGUGUAAAACCAUUGAGCGCUUUCCUCCCUGGCUCAAACUAGUGGUCACUGUCAGAACGACACUACAGGAUGUUACUCGUCCAUUACCGUUCCACCGAAUCUCUCUGGAUCGGUUGGAAGAGAGCGAUGCAAUUGACUCGGACCUGCAGGGCUACAUCCUGCACCGGCUGCACUCUAGCCAGGAGAUCCAGAACAAUGUGGCGCUCAAUGGCAAACUAGACAAUGCUGCCUUCACCAAACUUAGCACUCAUCUGAAGAGCCUGAGCCGUGGCUCCUACCUCUACCUGAAGCUCACGCUGGACCUCAUCGAGAAGGGUUACCUCGUGCUCAAAAGCUCCAGCUACAAGGUGGUUCCAGUGAAUCUUGCUGAAGUUUAUCUGCUGCAGCUGAACAUGCGUUUCCCCACUCAGUCCUCAUUUGAACGUGUUCUUCCACUGCUUAACGUGGCCGUGGCCUCUCUUCACCCGUUAACUGACGAGCAGGCUUUUGGCGCCGUGAACGCAGGUAUGGUUCACAGAGCCGCAUUAGACUGGGACGAUUUUCAGCAGAGAUGUGAACUUUUGUCACCAUUCUUGGUGAAAAGACGAGAUGGAACACAUAUGUUCAUCCACCCCUCCUUCAGAGAGUGGCUCAUCUGGAGAGAGGAAGGAGAGAAGACCAAGUUCCUCUGUGACCCCAGGAGUGGUCAUACACUGCUUGCUUUCUGGUUUUCACGACAAGUGGGGAAACUCAAUCGACAACAGACCCUUGAACUUGGCCACCACAUUCUCAAAGCUCACAUCUUUAAAGGCCUGAGUAAGAAGGUUGGGGUUUCCUCGUCAGUGCUGCAGGGGUUGUGGAUUUCCUACAGCACAGAAGGGCUCUCUGCUGCUCUGGCUUCAUUGAGAAACCUCUACACUCCAAACAUCAAGGUAUCUCGAUUGCUCAUUCUGGGUGGCGCCAACGUGAACUAUCGUACAGAGGUUUUAAAUAAUGCCCCCAUCCUGUGUGUGCACGCUCACCUGGGCUACCAGGAGACUUUGGCUCUACUGUUGGAGUUUGGGGCGGAUGUGGAGGGUGUUUCAGAGACCGGGCUCACUUCCCUUAGCUAUGCAGCUGCCGCAGGACACCUGUCCAUCAUAAUUGCCCUCUGCGCCAAGAAAGCCAAGGUGGAUCACCUGGAUAAGAACGGCCAGUGUGCACUGGUCCACGCUGCCCUGCGAGGUCACCUAGAGGUGGUGAAGUAUCUGGUGCAGUGUGAGUGGAACACAGAAGGGCAGCAGGCUGGAUCCUUCAGUAAGAGUCAUGCAGUACAGCAGGCCCUCAUAGCAGCAGCCAGUAUGGGCUAUACAGAGAUUGUAUCAUAUCUGCUUGACUUGCCUGAGAAAGAUGAAGAAGAGGAGGAACGAGCUCAAAUAAAUAGCUUUGACACACUGUGGGGUGAAACAGCCCUGACAGCAGCAGCAGGUCGGGGGAAGCUAGACGUAUGUCGUCUUUUGUUGGAGCAGGGUGCCGCAGUGGCUCAACCCAACCGCAGGGGUAUUGUACCACUCUUCAGUGCCGUGCGACAGGGACACUGGCAGAUAGUGGAUCUGCUGCUGAAUCACGGUGCUGAUGUAAACAUGGCAGAUAAACAGGGACGAACUCCUCUCAUGAUGGCUGCGUCUGAGGGACAUCUGGGCACGGCAGAGUUCCUGCUGGCUCAAGGUGCCUCAUUAUCUCUGAUGGACAAGGAGGGGCUGACAGCACUGAGCUGGGCUUGUCUUAAAGGUCACCUCCCAUUGGUCCGUGCUCUAGUUGAGAGAGGGGCGGCUACAGCCCACGCAGACAAGAGUGGUCGCACCCCGCUGGAUCUUGCUGCCUUCUAUGGCGACUCUGAUGUGGUGCAGUAUCUGGUGGAUCACGGUGCGAUGAUCGAGCAUGUGGAUUACAGUGGCAUGCGUCCGCUGGACCGGGCCGUUGGCUGCAGGAACACUUCGGUGGUUGUGGCACUGCUCAAGAAGGGUGCCAAGAUAGGUCCAGCAACAUGGGCGAUGGCGACAUCCAAACCUGAUAUUAUGAUUGUCCUGCUGAGCAAACUGAUAGAAGAAGGGGAUGGAUUCUACAAGAAAGGAAAGGUGAAAGAAGCCGCUCAACGUUACCAGUAUGCCCUGAAGAAGUUCCCAAGAGAGGGUUUCACAGAAGAUCUGAAGACCUUCCGUGAGCUCAAAGUCUCUCUGCUACUCAACCUCUCUCGCUGCCGGAGGAAAUUGAACGACUUUGGAAUGGCAGUGGAGUUUGCCUCCAAGGCACUAGAGUUGAAACCCAAAUCCUAUGAAGCCUAUUACACACGAGCCCGUGCCAAGCGCAGCAGCAGGCAAUUCCACGCAGCCCUGGAGGACCUGAGUGAAGCCCUGCAUCUGUGUCCGAAUAACCGAGAGAUCCAGCGUCUGCUGCAGCGUGUGGAGGAGGAGUGUCAUCAGCAACAGGAGCUGGAUCCACCCCCUUCCCCUCCCCAUGAUCAAGACCCACCCAUGGUCCCGCCUUCAUCAAUGGAGCCUCGUUUUUCAGAUAUGGAGCCUGUCCAGGACUUGUUCAUGGUGGACGACGAUUACCUUGUGCAGGAUUUGGACGGCCUACCGCUAGGUGUCCCUGCCGAGCACCACACUAAUCCAUUGGGGCUUCCAGUCAUUCAGAGCAUGCCCCCAUCUCCAAGCCUUCAUGAUUCCCCCUACCUGGGACAGGCGUUCGACCUGCGCCCCAGCCCCCCUUCAAUGUCUUCUCCUACUCGCCAGGGCUACCAAUCCACCUCCCCGUCACUCUCCCCAACACACCAGAGCUCCCACUACCGGCCCAGUCCACCUCAUCAAGCCUCCUACCACUUCAGCCCACCGCCAUCCCCAUUAUGUCGUGGACCACAGUACCGCGCCAGCCCUACUUCUGAAGGAGUCGCCAUGUACCGACCCCAGUCCGCCUCUGCAGGACGCAACCAGCAGGACCAGCUUGCGGGCCGCCCCAAGUCCCCUCUAUCCAAGAUGAGCAGCCAACAUUCUUUCCAACUUCCCCAACAGAUUUCCCAGGCAUCACAGCAGGGCCAGUGGUUGCAACCAGCCAAGGCACAGAUUGUCCGGACCAACCAACCCAGCACUGCGAUACACUCCAGUGCCGUACUGGGUAGUAGCACUUACAGUCAGAUCACCCACUCUAUGAGCGUCCGCUGCCCAGGAGACCUGGAUGAACUUGGAGAUGGAGGGUAUUCUGGGUCACUUCAACCCCAAGGCAGUCUGAGCGCAGGGGCUUUGUACCAGCGUGCCAUCAGCAUGGACCCUGGUGUUGCUGAGGAAGAGCUUUCACAGAGGCCCUCCUCCGCAUACAGACCCAGCCCUGGAGGCAUCCGCUAUGGCCAGACGCCCCAGAUCAGCCGCAGUCAAUCGACCGCCUACUAUCCCAUCUCGCCCCAUGAGAUGGAGCGGCAGGUAACCCUUGACUCGCCUGAGAACCCUCAUGCCCACAGAUGUCCUGCCAGUGCAAACAGUGCAGAGCCCAAACAGCAUCCACCUGCCCCACGCCCUCUUAUUCAUUCCCAUAGUACAGGUCUACGCUUCUCUCCAUCCAGCAACAGUUUAGUGGCGGGAUCUGCAGCAAAUCAAGGCCCAGGUUUUAGGGCUUUGGCUUCAGCACAGCAAAUGGAGAUCCCACUAAAGCUUUCCUAUGAAAGUAGCUACCACGAUGACAUUUCACCGAUGUCACCCCCACAAGGUACAGACCUCCGGGUGGUGGGUGGCACUUACCCAGGUGAGGCGGUUCGUUCCCGUGCUACACCCUUCAUGGGCAUCAUCGACAAGACAGCAAGGACUCAGCAGUACAUUCAGCAACAGCCUUCGCUUGCAUCCUCCUCCACUGUUUCUCGGCCCUGGACCGUAUCGUCUCUGGAUACUGUGGUAAAUAGUCCGGCCACUUCCCCUAGUAACAUGGGCUACGGGCAGCAAGCGGCACCUCUCAGCCAUAUUGCCUACUACAACCGCACCAACAACGCUCACAAUGGCCACCUCAUGGAUGACGAUUUCUAUGCCAACCAUCCCGGCCAGACACGGGACCGGGCGGACGCAAUGGGCCGAGUUAGCCAGGUUCCCACAUACCCAGAUGUGAAAGUGGCACGGACUCUGCCAGUGUCCCAGGCCUACCAGGACAAUGAGUAUAGGCAGAUGUCUCGCAAUGAAAGGCAAGGCCCGACAUCACCCAUUAAACCAAAGAGACCCUUUGUGGAGUCUAAUGUGUAGAGUCAGUGUGCAAGUGUUCUUAAACAUUCUUGAGGAAUUCCUAACAUGUUGACUUUACAGACCUGACCAUCAUUAUCCCUUCAAUUUAUGCCCCAUAUCUUGAUGACAAAAAUAUGGACCUGUCAAAGUGAAUUUCACUGAUUUGUAGUGAGUCUAGCAUGAACAGUAAAAAACAAGUGCGUCUGUAUUCAUUCUGGACACAAAAAUGGAAGUAUCAAGGACCAUUUGGAAUUACAUUAGGCCUGUUUAACUGCUGUAAACCAAGCCUAAACCUUUUCUGUACCUUCAAGAGAUGACUAAAAUGUCAGCCCUGGACACAUUUCAGAAUUCUUGUACUGAACUUGCCCCCUGGACUUGACCAGUCACAAUGUCCCCCUGAAACCAGUUUGUCAUUCUCUUGAGAAUCCUGCUGUGUCUUGAGUUGAAAAUGUACUUAAAAUAUUAUUCCAUAUCAAUACUGCUAAAGCAAAAAAGUAAUAUUUAUCAUUUUAAGUUAUGUUUGUACAAAUAUAUAUACUGUAUAUGUAUAUCUACAUUUCAAUGCAGUUGUGUUUUUCAGUUUGCUUUUCAUUCCUAAAUUGACAUGCAGUCAGCAAUGUGAAAUAUUUUUAGACUUUUAUGGGCAUUUUUUAGCUUUUGUCAACAGGUAACAAAGCAUCGCUACCUUUUACGCCUUGCAAUUGUAAGAAGCGAUCGGUAUUAUAAUCUGUAUCUGCUUAUGGGAAGUAUCAUUCAGCUGGUAAACCUAUAAUUUACUUUCUCUUGAUGGAACACUUGUCACACCACUAAAACGGAAGUUCUCUUUUCCAAAGAAACAUUUCACAGGGAAAAUAGGUGUGGGGGAAAUUUUACUUUUUAUUUUGCAACCUCAUAAUUCACAUGCUCUCAUUUGUUACAUUUUGAGAGUUUCUUUCUGCACUGAAACACAAAGCAGUAAUUCAUCCAAAAAUGAAAAUUAAAAACUCAAAAAGGGAUGUUAGGCAGAAUGUUAGCCUCAGUCACCAUUGACUUUAUUGCAUACUUUUUUCAUACAAUGAAAGUGAAUGGGGACUUUUAUCCUAACAUCUCAGUUUGUGUUGCAUGGAAGAAAGUAAGUUAUAUGGGUUUGAAAGAACAAGAGUAAAUGAUGAUUGAAUUUUCAUUUUCAUUUUCAGUUGAAAUAUCCCUUUCAGUUGUGAAGCUGUUUGCCUUCAGAAAGUUGUCACUCUUUAAUUUUAAACUGUGAGUACUUAUUUUCAAAUACAGAAGACCUGAUCAUAUUGCAAAGCCUGUGUCAUAUAUUACCAUUGAACUAACUUACAAUUGAUUGGCCAGGAACCUUUUUAGGGAUGACUUUGGGGAGGAUGACAGCAAGACAGCCAUUGAAUCUGGCUUUACCGAUCAUUGUCAACUGCUGUUGUAAAAGAGCAGGUCUUUUGCAGUGUUUUAAUUAUUAUUUUCCUCUUUUUAGAAAAUUAUACGGUGCAGCCAGACUUGACCUGGAAUACUGCUUACUGUACAAAAGUGUUUGUAUUUAACUCUUUGUUUUCCUUUUGUAUGAUGGAAAUGUAAAUAGCUGUAAAUAUUGUGCUGAACUACAAAGCAUGCUCUCUGCUAAUACACAAACCCUGAGUGUGUGUGUGUGGUUUUAUGUAUAAAUAUUCAUUGAGGGUAAAGAC